AAGGUUAGGUUAAAUCUCUCCUGGAGUCUUGGCAUCCCUGUUCUGAAAUGAAUGAGAUUAAAAAAAAUAUAUAAUGUUUAGAGAUUGAUAAAGAAAAAUAAAAAAGAAAAUAGAAAACAAGAAAAAAAAUUGUGAUAACGGUUGUUUUUGAUGUUUAUUGUAAUACAAUAAAGUAUCAAUGGUUUUGUCAAACAAUAUGAAUCAAAAGGCAAUUGUGCCGAGACGAAGUGUCAGGAUAUUGCUUGUUGGUGAUCAAGGAGUUGGUAAAACAUCUCUAAUAUUAUCACUGGUUAGUGAGGAAUAUGCUGAAGAGGUGCCAAGUAAAGCUGAAGAAAUAACAAUACCAGCUGAUGUUACACCUGAACAAGUACCAACUCACAUUGUUGAUUACUCCACAACGGAACAAACAGAGGAUCAAUUAAUGGAAGAAAUUCAAAAGGCCCAUGUUAUUUGUGUUGUUUAUUCAGUUGAUGAUGAGUACACACUGGACAGAGCAGCAAGUUAUUGGUUGCCAUUAAUAAGAAAAUGUUCAGAAAAUAAUCGUUGUCCUGUUGUACUUGUUGGAAAUAAAAUUGAUCUUGUUGAUUAUUCAACAAUUGAGGCUGUUUAUCCAAUAAUGAAAGAAUUUUCAGAAAUUGAAAGUUGUAUUGAAUGUUCAGCAAAAACAUUACAAAAUAUAUCAGAAAUGUUUUAUUAUGCACAAAAAGCUGUAUUACAUCCAACAACACCAUUAUAUAAUUAUGAUACACAAGAAUUAACUGAUGAAUGUCGUACAGCACUUCAAAGAAUAUUUAAAAUAUGUGAUUUAGAUAAUGAUGGUUUAUUAAAUGACAUGGAAUUAAAUGCAUUUCAACAGUGUUGUUUUAAUACACCAUUACAACCACAAGUACUUGAAGAUGUUAAAGCUGUAUUAUCAAAAAAUAUACAUGAUGGUACAUGUAAAGGUUGUGUAACAAUGAAAGGUUUUAUGUAUUUACAAUGUUUAUUUAUUCAACGUGGUAGAAAUGAAACAACAUGGGCUGUAUUAAGAAAAUUUGGUUAUGAUAAUGAUCUUAAAAUGUCAAAAGAUUAUAUUAAUCCACAAUUAAAAGUACCAUCUGGUUGUACAACUGAAUUAUCACAUAAAGGACAAGAAUUUUUAACUGUAUUAUUUAUGCAACAUGAUCGUGAUCGUGAUGGUGCAUUAUCACCAAUUGAAAUGGAUGCAUUAUUUUCACGUUGUGGUAGUUCACCAUGGGGUGAUGAAUAUAAAUAUAAUGUUGCUACAAAUGACAAAGGUUGGAUAACGUAUCAAGGUUUUAUGUGUCAAUGGACAUAUUUGACAUUAACAAAUGUACGUAAAACAUUAGAAUACAUGGCUCUACUUGGUUAUAAUAUGUAUAAUGAUGAAUGUCAAGCAAGUUCUGUUACAAUAACAAGAGAAAAAAAAUUAGAUCUUGCUAAAAAACAAUCAAGUCGUAAUGUUUAUACGUGUCAUGUUAUUGGACGUAAAAGUAGUGGUAAAACAACACUAUGUCGUUCAUUUAUUGAUCCAAAACUUGAUAAAUUUAAAGAUGAUGAUAAAGUACCAAAUAAUUCUCAAAUUGCUGUUAAUACUGUUAGUGUUUAUGGACAAGAAAAAACAAUAUUACUACGUGAUAUUAAUAUUUUAAAUGUACAAGAUGCAUUAAUGCCAACACAAAUUCAAUGUGAUGCUGCAGCACUUGUUUAUGAUACAAGUGAUCCAAAAUCAUUUGAAUAUAUUGCACGAAUAUAUAUUAAAUAUUUUGCUGACAGUAAAAUUCCAGUUUUGAUUGUUGCAAAUAAAAGUGAUUUAACAGAAGUUAAACAAGAUUAUUUAUUACAACCAGCUAGUUUUUGUAGUAAAUAUAAACUUAUGCCACCACAGCCAUACAGUGUAACACGUACUGUAAGACCAGAAAUUUUUGUUAAACUUGCAACAAUGGCUGCAUUCCCCCGCUUUCAAGCAGCGUGGGUAUUAUUUUACAAACACAGACAUAUGAAGCAGUUUGGACUGAUUCAAGGUGAUUCAAUUGUCUGGUGGAAAGCUGGUCUUGGUCUUGCUGCAGCAACUGUAGCUGGUUUUAUGAUGAUACGUGUACUCAAUACUGACAAAAGAUAGUCUAUGUAUUUUAUUAUUUUCAGCUUUUAUUAUAUCCUUAUUAAGCUUAAUUGAUUUAAUUGAAUAACUGUAUAAAAAAAAAAUAAAAAAACAAAUCCGAUUACGUAAGGAGAAAAAAAAUAUGUUAAAAUACAAAAAAGUCAAUGAUUUUUAAUGAUUGAUUAUUGGAUUUUUUUAGUUUAAUGAAUUAUAUUAUAUUAAUAAGCAUUUUGUUGCCAUUGUUUAAUAAACAAUCACAUAGGUUUGUAAAAGUGUGUUUUAUCAAAAAAUUGAGUAGUUGUACUGUUGAUUUAUUAAUUCGUAAUUAUUCCAAGUUUAUAAUAAAUAUAUAUUGUCAAAAAUUUUAACUCAAAUAAUAUUUAUAAAUCAUUAUUAAUACAAAACAAAAAAAUUGUAUUAAUUAGCUUAUCAUUUUUAUCAAAUUGACUGUAAAAUUAUGAACAAAGUGAAACAAAGCAUCAUGUUAUUUGUGAAUUGACAAAACGAGAUUGAUUUUUUUAAACAAAGUGUAUAUUUUUCAGCUAAAUUAUUAUCAAUCUGUAUUAUCUAUUAAAAUAAAUUACUAAUUAAAAUAAAAAAGGGAAAGAAAAA